AUGGCACGCAUUACCGGUGCCAUCCACGGAUUCACGGGACCGGUUCGCAUUACCGCCAAGGCAGGCACCUCCACGGAAUACCCACUUACAUUUUCUCCGUGUCAGGAGGGUGAGGUGGCGGGCUCCCUGACCCUCUAUAACCCGGUCGAUGGGACAGAACACAAAUUCAAGCUGAUGGGCAUCGGUCUGGAGUCGGCAACCGCAGGCACUGUGAACAUUAACUGCUCGCUUGGUGCCUGUUCGCACUGUCGAUGCGAAUCGGACGGGGGCACCAGCCAGCUACGAUAUCAUCCCUUCUCGGUGACGAUACACAACAAGACGCGAAGGACUCGAAUUUAUAAGGCGGACAACAACCUACCGGAGUGUCUUAUACGCUGCCUGAGCGCGGACCCCAUAAUUGUCUGUCCGGGACAUACGCUCUCCUGCAGUUUUGCUCUGUUUCCAUCAAGAUGUGGUACGCAUACCGGAGUGAUCUCUUUCUCCUCUACCGUCGUCAAAAGGAGCCAUCCAGCAAGGUAA